AUGGGCUCCCGAGAUCCCGUGAAUGCUCUCCAAGAGUUGCAUUACGCACUAGAGACGAUGCAGGAUAACUACUUCGAGCUAUGGGCGGGUCUCUGGCCUGCUGCAAUCGACUGGACGGCUGCGGUUUUGGGUACCCAUAUGUCAGCCUCCCUCUACUCCUUGACUAAUUCCUUCGAUUACAUAUUGCCUCCACCUUCUGUGGGCGAGCGUUCUCUGUACGGGGAACGGGUCGAGAAUGAGAUCAACAAGUAUUUUACUCAAACGAUUGCGUCUUACUUCGGGCAAAAUGAUUUCGAGCUCCGGUUCCAGGGCUACGACGAUAUGCUCUGGGUCGUCCUGGGCUGGCUCGAGUCCUUGCGCUUCAUCAAAUUCCAUUCCACGUCACAUUACGAUCCUGGUGAAGGCGGAACUCCGUGGUACGGGCAGCAGUUCGAGCCCGCAUUCAACCACCGCGCGAGGAUCUUCUACGAGCUGAGCGAAACCGGCUGGGAUACGGAACUUUGUGGAGGAGGGAUGAAGUGGGCCAACACCUUCCCGCCUUAUAAGAAUGCCAUCACGAAUGAGCUCUUCGUGGCGGCGUCCGUCGGCAUGUAUUUGUACUUCACCGGCGAUAAGAACCCCUCUCCACUUAUGAACCCGGCAAACCGCUCGGAAUCCGCCUCUGCAGACGCCAUAACCUCUGGACCAUAUGACCCCAAGUUUCGGGAUGCUGCCAUCACGGCCUACGACUGGCUUAAAAACUCCAAAAUGACGAACGCGGCAGGACUUUACACCGAUGGCUUCCACAUCCGUGACUAUGGUAAGGAUGGAACCAUCGGCACGGGCAAAUGCGACGAGCGCAACGAAAUGGUCUAUACCUAUAACCAGGGAGUAAUAUUGUCCGGCCUCCGAGGCUUAUGGGAGGCAACUGGCAACGUAACUUACCUGGAAGACGGCCACCACCUCGUCCGCAACGUGAUGAAAGCUACUGGUUGGACCGGUCCUACGUCUAGUGGACUCUCUUCCCAUUCCGAUGAGCCUUCCCGCCCAGGAUCAGACAGCAACCAGCAAUACCUGAAUCCAGACCCCGACACAUCCUCCACACUCCCUCCCUGGCACGGCCUCGGCCGCGCCGGCAUCCUGGAAGAAGCCUGCGACGCGUCUGGCACCUGCUCGCAAGACGGCCAGACAUUCAAAUCCAUCUUCUUCCACCACCUCACGCUCUUCUGCGCGCCUCUUCCCCUGACUGCCGUUGCGCCGGGGAAGACCGCUGCCGCCGACCCUGAAGUGAGGAGCCUGCAUCGGCAGAGCUGCAUGGCGUACGCGGCGUGGGUGGCGCGCAAUGCGAGGGCGGCCCUGGCGACGAGGCGGGAUGGGAAAUUUGGGAUGUGGUGGGGCGCGAAGUGGACGUCAGAGGAGAGGAGGAUACCGGAUGGGACGAUGGAUUUGAGGAAUGAGGGGGAGCAGACGAGGGGAAGUGCGGAUGGAUCGAUGGCCGGGCGGCUGGAUUGGGAUGUGAAUGAUCGGGGAAGAGGACGGACGGUGGAGACGCAGGGUGGAGGGGUUGCUGUGCUGAGGAGCAUGUGGGAGUUUAUUCGUAUGUUCAAGGACUCUGAGUAA